GGACAGUGAUAGUGAGGGAACAACACGCCUCACAAUCACCAUUUCGCACAUUCCAACUCCAUCUACGACCUCCCACGAAAGAAAAGGAGCACGGUUUACGAAAAUGAGCGUUCCCAGCAACCGCAUCGUGGUCAUCGCCACCGUCCCGACCAGCUCCGUCGAGAAGCGCGACGAGCUCAUCAAGCAGCUCCUCGGCGCUGCGGACGCCGCACAAAACAAUGAACCAGGCACCCUCAAAUACGCCGUCUGCGUCCCCCGCGACCCUGCAAAGGAGACCGACAUUUGGAUGAUUGAGGAAUACGCCGACAAAGCCGCCCUCGACCAACACAUGUCCCUCCCCACCAUAACAGCCAUGGCCGCCUGGAUCGGCGCCAACCCGGGCCCCUCCCCCCCCACCAUCCGGACCCUCGCCUACCCUUCCGACACCUUCCAGUUCAGCCGCGCCGCCGUCGCGGACCAAAAAGACCCCUGGAUCAUCGCCGCCGAGCUCAACUACCACCCGGACGGCGCGGCCACCUCGAUCCCCUACUGGCAGGCCGUCGUGGACGAGGGCCGGGAAAAAGAAGACGGCACACUGGUGUACGGCGUCCUCAAGGACGUGUCGAAUGCGGAGAGGCUGUGGACUAUUGAGGCGUAUGAGAGCGAGACAUACCUCAAGGAUGUGCAUGUCAAGAGCAACGCCAUUGCCGAGAGCAUCAAGAACACGAAGCACCUGAGGACCGGGCUGGAGUGGGUUUUCUUGACGAUUAAAGGGGGGUUUUUGCACAAGUAGGGGAGCGU